CUUUCUAUUUUUUUCUAGAAAAUAUAGCUUUAUAUUUAACAUAACAUUCUAAAAGUUGCCUAAUAACUUGAUCGCUUCAUCAUUGAUUACAUGUUCUUCUAAGAAAACAAUGGUGAUCAGGAUAUCGGCAUUUCUUUUCAUUACAUUAUCUAUGAUGUUUGUUGUAUCGGCAAAUGACUUUGCUGGAAUAUCCGGAUGUAGAGCGACAAAACUUGAUCUAGUGUUUGUGGUGGACGGAUCAACUCCUGAUUUUCAAUAUGAUUUUGGUUAUGUUCGAAUGUGGAUACAAAAUAUUACCUCGCAUUUUGAUAUCAGUCCGUUUACAACAAGAAUUGCUGUAGUACAGAGCGGGGAUACUCCAUACACAGAGUUUGAUUUUGAAGCUUUUGAUUCAAUCGACAAGGUUCUAGGAGCAGUGAAUAACAUACAAUUCGGAACUGGGACCAGUACAGCAGGCGAUACAUUACGUUACGUCAAAGAUCACGUGAUCAGCCACGCUAGAAAAGGCGCAGCAGUUAUGCUUAUUGUGUUGAGUGACGGAAUUAUUAGAAAACACAAAGACGUUCGACGCGCCGCAGAGAAGCUCCAUGAUAUGGGAGUAACAACAUUUGCUGUCGGAGCUGGAGAAAGUAUGGCUGAUCAUCGCAACGUUGAAUAUUUGAAAACGAUCGCAAGUGACCCGAUGCAAAGACACUUGUUUGUGGUGCAAAAUCUUCGCAACGUUGGCACGCUAGAACACUCGAUUUUACAGGAAAUCUGCAAGUCCACGAUACAAGAAUGUCCAACUACUCCACAUGACCUUGCUUUUAUUAUAGAUGGCUCGUCUACAAUCGGAUACGACAAUUUUGAGAAAGUAAAACAGUGGAUGAAACGAAUGGUCGAAGCUUUCCACGUCAGCCCGGAAUCGACUCGUGUUGCAGUAUUACAAUAUAGUACUGACGUUCAAGAAGAAAUCAGCUUUAACGAUAAUUUGACAAAAGCAGAAGUUCUAGAUAAAAUUGGACAAAUGCAAUUGUUAAUCGGAGAUACGCAUACCGGACAUGCGUUGGAAUAUUGUAUGAAAGUAAUCUUUGCAGACACAUACGGAUCACGUAACAAUGUGCCUGACGUCGUCAUUGUAAUGACUGAUGGAAAAGCUCAAGAUCAUGAACACGUAGUUCACGCAGCGAAGCUUGUACAUGACGCUGGUAUUGAAGUGUAUGCUAUGGGUAUUGGAGAUCACUACAGUCUCGAGGAAAUAAAGGACAUUGCUUCUGAUCCUGAUGAAAAUCACGUGAUAUUAGCAAACGGAUUUCAGCAAAUUGACCUUCAAAGAAUUGGAUUAAUCAAGAAAAUUUGCGUUGAAUCCGAGCCCGGUUGUCCGCAUACUGCAGCGGAAAUCGUAUUCCUUGUCGAUAAUCAGAUGAUAAGAGAAGAAAAUACAUUUCAAAAUGUAAAAACUUGGAUUAAAAGCGUCGUGGAUUCUUUAGAGGUUGGACCACACUACAGCAGAAUAAGUCUUGUUAGAUACGGUAGAGUAUCGGAUGUAUUGUUCAGAUUGUCAUCUCAUUCUAGUACUUCACAAGUUAUUAAUGCAAUAUCGAGACAGUUCAACUACCAAACACAAGAUACGAAUGAACUUUCAGCAACUGGAAGAGCAAUCGAUUAUGCGAAAUCAGUAAUAUUUGGUCAGGCACGGAAAAAUGUUCCCAAAUUUCUUGUUGUAUUAUCCGGAGGAAAUUCUCAAGAUGAUUUUGUUCCAGCUGUAACACGAACGCGAAAAUCUGGGAUCGACAUAUUUGCUGUCGGAAUUGGUGAAGUGAACCAAGAUAACCUGCAGAGAUUAGCGGUUUCCGAAAAUCAUGUUUUUCACGAUGAAACUUUCGAUGGAAUUCGAGGAAAACUUGGGGGAUUCAUUUCAGCUGUAUGUGCGGUGUCGGAACCAAUAUGCUCCGUUCAAGAAAUUGAUUUGCAAUUUGUUGUUGAUGCUUCAGAUAACAUAACACUAGAAGAUUUUGAAAAAGUUAAACGAUGGAUUCGCAACGUUAUUCGAUCGUUUGACAUAGGUUUUUACACAACGAGAAUUGGCUUUACGCAAUAUUCCACUUAUAUUCGGAACGAAUUUGACAUGAACACUUACAAAACAAGGCGAGAAAUCGAGCAUGCCCUAUUUGAAAUCACGCCUAUUGGAGGGACAAUGGUAAAAACUGAUUCUGUUCUACAAUACGUAAUGAAUCAUAGCUUUACUGAAGCUGCUGGAUCAAGGGAUGGUGCUUCAAAGGUAUUGGUGAUUGUAUCGGAUGGAAACUCGGAAGAUUCAAUCGACGAAGAAAUCAAUAAAAUUCACGAAUCAGGAAUUCGCGUUUUUGCAGUUGGGGCCGGAAAACAGACGGAUCGGGCAUUCCUUGAAAACCUAGCAACCGAACCCGUUGUCACACAUGUUACUGAGUCGUCGAGUUAUGACGCUAUUAACACGGUUCGUCAGCAGGUUGUCGGAGAGAUUUGCAGAGAAACAAAAUCUGAAUGUCCAGAAGCGGAAAUGGAUUUAAUAUUUCUUGUGGAUGGUUCAACGACUACUGAACCAGAAAAUUUUCAACUUGUGAAAGAAUGGUUGAUUUCGUUCGUGCAGCAGUUCGAAAUCGGAGAGUACAACAGCAAAAUCGGAUUGAUACAAUACGCUGAUCUAUCUCGUCUUGAUAUCGAUUUACGAUAUAUAUCGGAUAAAGAAACGCUGGUCGAUGCAAUAGUCAAUCUAAAACCUUUAACUGGAGAAAGUUUUACUGGAUCUGCUCUGGAAUACGUUCGGGAGCAAGGAUUCUCCGACAAGAACGGAGAACGGAGAGAUACUCCUAAGGUUGUUAUCGUAUUAACGGAUGGCGAAUCAAGCGAUUCAGUAGAAAUACCUGCUAAGGUUCUACACGACGAUGGUGUCAUAGUGUAUGCAGUUGGGGUACGAAAAUCAGAUGAAAACGAACUGAGAUCAAUUUCUUCAUCAGAGGAGAACGUUUUCCAUGUAAAAAAUUAUGAUGCAAUUUCCACCAUACAUAGCAGUCUUGUGCGUCGUGUGUGUCAGAAAGUUCAGAUAGAUUGUCGUGAAAAUGCAACUGAUGUCGUAUUGUUGAUCGAUGGAUCAUAUUCAGUAGGACACAGUGAUUGGGAAGUUGUGAAAUCAUUCAUGAUAAAUAUUACACAGAGAUUCGAAAUUGGGCCCAAUGCAGUUCAGGUUGGAGUCGUUCAAUACGCCUCUCAGCAGAGAAUAGAAUUUGCAUUGAAGGACUAUAAUGACUCAUCAGCGUUACAUGGUGCUAUUAGGAAUUUAAAAUGGAUGAUGGGUGAUACGCAUACAGCCGAAGCCCUCGGGUUUGCACGACAAUAUGCUCUCACUCCGGAAGCGGGCGCAAGAGGAUCUAAUGUGUCAAAGAUGUUGAUCAUCGUUACAGAUGGUGAUCCACAAGACAGCAGAGAAGUCAAUGAAGCUGCAGCUGCGAUCAGAGCAGCGGGAUGGCGUGUGUUUGCUAUAGGAGUAGGCCAGGCUACCUUAUCGGAACUUCACAUUCUGGCCUCAAAACCGGUUUUAGAUCACGUGUUUCACGCAGAUGACUUCGAAUCGACACGAAAUUUGAAAGGUCGUCUGUUUCGCAUGAUAUGCACCGAACGCUUGGUCGAGAUAGAAAAGGGUAUUAGUUCGGAGAGGAAAGGCAUGGCUUUGGAAACGGAUGUCCCUGAUAUUCAUUUUGAUGUCUUCUCAGAUGCCGAAAAUAGUACUGCUGUCUCAAACAACGACAACUCUGCCGCUAAUGUUGACGUCACUAGUGAUCAGGGUUCGGACGGAGAAGAAGGACUGGAUACUCAUAGAUCUGUAGAAUUCGAUAUUCUUGGUGAUGACCACAGAACUGCUAAACUUAGAGACAAAAUCUUCGAUGUUUAUCCAGUGAAUGAAACGGGACGUGUUGGUCUUGUGGAUCCUGCAUUAGAUAAACGUUUGAAACACUCACCAAAGGAAAAUCGAAGUAUAGGACCGGGAUCACUACAAGACAAUGUAUCUUCAAGAUCUCCAGUUCCCUACGGCGUUCGUGGGAAGGAUGUUGAUGGAAUAAACUGUCCAAAAUUAAAACGCGAAAAUAAGGACGUAACUACUGGUUGGAAUUUAUUACGUGUGGUUGGAAUCAUACCUCAUAAAAGAAGCUCAGAAAAAGUCUCUAUCAAACCAAAACGCAGCACAUUGUUGAACAGAUUUGUUGAAAUUCCAUCUCGACUUCGAGCCGUUAGAAUAAAACCCGGAAGCAGCUUAAACCACACUUCAUUCCGUGUAACUUCAAAAGUUGCUCUAAUAGGGCCAUUAAGCCAAGGGAUAUCUAACUUAUUUGACGAAUCCUGGAGAAUAUCAUCGGUGUUCAGAAUGCACGGCGCAACAACCAAAAUGCAAUGGACUUUAAUCAACAUAACAGAUGAUAGUGGAGCAACAAUAUUUUCUGUCGCAUUAAAUGGAGAUGAUCAUUCAUUAAAAUUACGUUUCAACGACGGGGAUGAUGUUCAGCACAUAGAAAUAAAGGGUGGUGGAGCAAAGAAAUUGUUCGAUAAAAAUUUUCAUAAAAUAGAAAUUUCUUCAAAUAAUGAUUCCCAGGUUUCUGUGAAAGUCGAUUGCAUUACUAUCGGGAGAAACCUUUUUCAACCAUUUUCUGUGACGUCAUCCUUGUAUGUCGGUACUCUUGUGUCAUCGGAAUAUCGAGAAGACGAUCACGUAAUCGUUGACGUGCAAGAAGCAGUUCUUGAAUGCAAUUCUCUUGUAGAAGAACAGUGCUGCGAACUAAAAGGAGCGGCGUGUGAUAGAAACGAGGACGCCAAAUACAAAAAGAAGCACGAAGAUGAAACACAUGAAUGUGACUGCCCACCCGGUCCACGAGGACCGCCGGGCCCAUCCUCACAGGUUUUGCGUCGAGAUGAAGUUGCCAAGGUUGGGCCUCGUGGACCACCAGGAAAGUGUCUCGCGAAGUGUUCAACUAUUUCAAAAUCAACAGUCAAGCAUAUAGCUAAAAAAGUUGCAACGGAUUUAAUUGAAAAUGAAAUAAAGAAAAUGUAUGGAAUUUUAUUGGAAAGCAUAAAUGAAGACGGCCGUAUGAACCCAAGCGUCAUACAACGGGUUUUGAAAAAAGUGGAAAGGAAGACAAACGGGGAAUUUCCAGACAAGGAAACAGAAACAAAAUCAAACAACAAGAUUCGAAGACGGAAGCAGCACGUUGUUUCAAAAAAAGAUUGUGAUGGUGCAUCUUGUGAUAGCAUACCGGAUGAAAUUCUUGAUGAAAUCAUCCUUUCCUAGAGUAAAGACAAGGACAGGCCAAAAAUAACGCAACUUCAAUUCGCUCGAUAUUUGCACUUCGGAUGGACGAAUUCCUCCAACAUUUUAGUCCCACUUCACGCUACUGGAAGAGAUUGCGCUUUGUUUCAUGAGAAGGUGUUGAUCGCAGUUAAGCUCGAGAAAACAAUUUGUUUCUUUUACAGAAUACCGAUGCCAUUUUUGCUCUCGUGUUUUAAAUACCGUAUUGCACCACCCGCUUGAACAUAUAUAGUGGAUAGGCGUUCCAGCAAAAGCAAUAUUUCGGAAUACUAGAAUUGAAUGAAAUGAUAACGCCCUCUAUUCCAAAGAUGUCAAGUAAUUGCAAUUUGGAUUUUUGCAGGGUAUUCAAACUAAGUGCUAUCAUAUAACUACGCCUGAGCCGGGAACGAAACAAAAGAAAUACUCUGCAUUUAAUACCGUUUCAUAUGCCGCUACGUAGAUUGAAGAUGUAAUUAGUUUAUACUUGAUAUUUCCAAUCUAAGUUCAGUUUGAAUAGGCUACUUGCCGGACAGCCAGUCCCGAGAUAAUUACAUUAAUGCUUGUUUUCAUUGGAUUCGCUCCAGUUGUAUAUAGAUUUUUUUCUCUGUGCGAGUCGUUUCAUACAAAGUUCAGUCGGUAUUCGAUAUUCUCAUGUAUAUAUAUUUUAUAUAAAGUUGUUUGCCAGAGCUAAUAAUAUUCUUUGAAAAACUGCGUAUUACAUUAAGGUUUCCAACCUUGCUGAAAGCGUAUGAGAAAUAAAACUUAUUAAAUUAAGAUUUUAUUGUAACCGUAGUGAAACGUGAUCUACAUCGCAGAUCCCUUAGGGCUUUUAUAUACUCUUAUAGUAUGGAGAU